UCAAGAUCAACCGGUGGUGCACGAUCCUAUACCAGUUGCCUUUGCUUUCCCAGGAGGCAUGCCCGCAAUGAUGGCGCAGCCAAUGGUCGAGGGCAGGAAGGCUGUCAAGUUCGCAGAGCCAAUUGUGCAAGCCACCCCUGAGGAGAUUUCACCGUCACUUGAUGAAGUUUACCGCAUGAUCGAGGAGACAGCAUUGCAGAGGAGUUCCUCACGAGGGCAAGGGCAAUCAAGUUCCAAUGUGCCUGCAGAUACGGUAUCUGAGGAUACCAUUAGGAGUGUCACCCCUGGUCCUGUGAGGCAGCAGAGGGUAGUUCACCCACCCCCCGCGGAAGACUACGAGCCCGAAUUCAGGGCCACUAAGGAACAGACCCAGCUGUAUGAUAUCGUCAAGCGUUUUGGAAAUGCGAGGACCAACAGCAAGCACAUGAAGGAGCUGAAAGCGUAA